CACAGGACGUUUGGACCAAACAUGACCAGGAACUUUGAACGAAAAGUCCAGGAUGAUACCAAGAGUAGGAAAAGGAUUCUCAAACCGGCUGUGGAAAAGAAGAGAAGAGAUCGAAUAAAUAAGAGUCUCGCAGAACUAAGAAGCUUAUUGUUGACUAAUACAGCAGAUCCACGUCUGCAAAAUCCCAAAAUCGAGAAGGCAGAGAUUCUGGAUUUGGCUGUGGAGUAUCUUCACAAGUGGACAGAUGGCAGGAAGCUGAGCAAUGAUGUUAGCCGUGGUGCGGUAAGUCCUCCUCACUUCACCAUUGAGGGUGCAGGUUUUCAGCAGUGUGUGGCUCAAAUAGCCUCCUACAUGCACAAGAUACCACCGGCGCAGAGAGCCAACCUCAUGGAGGGGCUGAAGAACCACACGGAGAAGCAGCGGCAGCAGGCCCACAUGGCAAAACAUCACACGCCAUCCUUAAAGUGCAUGAUAAGACUCCCGGAUGUGGCGUCAGCAGAGGCCAUUUGCACAUCUGAGAGUAAAGACAGCUCUCUGCUCCUCAUACAUUCCCCGCCUCAGCCUCACGCUUGCUCCACGCCGCUCCACUCGCCUCCCACCUCCCCCUGGUUCUCCCCCUCUUUCUCCACUUCCUCUCCUCCUUUCCCCACCUUGGCCUGUCACUUCUCCUUCCCCCCUAGUCUGUCACCUCUGUCGUCCAACACCUCUUUCUCCACGCUCCCGCACUCCCUGCACACGCUGACUUCCUCCUCGCCUGGCGUGGCUCCCACGGUCUUCCACUACCCACCUGUCACCUCGCUGAGGUCACCGCCACACCCAACACAGAGGUCAUCUUCACUCAUGUGGAGACCCUGGUUUUGA